GCGCCGGAGCGCUUCUCCUUCCGGGGCGGCCGGCUGGGCCUCAUGGAGGCUGUUCGUCCGGACAGUUGCGGAAGAGGUGCGGCGGCGCCGCGAGCCGAGGAGAGGCCGGCUCCCGAGGCGAGGGUGCACUUCCGAGUAACCCGGUUUAUCAUGGAGGCAGGGGUCAAGCUGGGCAUGCAGUCCAUCCCUAUCGCCACCGCGUGCACCAUUUACCACAAGUUCUUCUGCGAGAUCAACCUGGACGCCUAUGACCUCUACCUGGUCGCCAUGUCUUCCAUUUACUUGGCCGGCAAAGUGGAGGAGCAGCAUUUGCGUACUCGUGACAUCAUCAACGUGUCGCACAGGUACUUUAACCCGGGCAGCGAGCCGUUGGAGCUGGAUUCCCGUUUUUGGGAGCUACGAGACAGCAUUGUGCAAUGUGAGCUUCUUAUGCUACGAGUUCUGCGCUUCCAGGUCUCUUUCCAGCAUCCACAUAAGUACCUGCUGCACUACUUGAUUUCUCUCAAGAACUGGCUGAAUCGUUACAGCUGGCAGCGAACCCCCAUCUCUGUGACAGCCUGGGCCUUACUAAGAGAUAGCUACCAUGGGGGGCUGUGCCUCCGCUUCCAGGCUCAGCACCUAGCGGUGGCAGUGCUCUACCUGGCCUUACAGGUCUAUGGAGUCGAGGUGCCUGCAGAGGGUGAGGCUGAGAAGCCUUGGUGGCAGGUGUUUAGUGACGACCUUACCAAGCCAAUCAUUGACAAUAUUGUGUCUGAUCUCAUUCAGAUAUAUACUAUGGAUACAGAGAUCCCCUAAGGCCCUGGGCAAGGCCUGACCAAACACCAGGAUGAUCGGCAGCCUGGGUAUCCAGCAAGUUACUGUGAUGGCAGGUCUCCGCUCGGAGAACUGAUUGCACUAGCAGAGGGAUGAUAAGCUGUCAUUUCAUCCCCAGCAGGCCUUGUUCAGAUAGUGCCAAGAGCCUCCAUGUGGGCAGGACAUAUUCAGCUUCCUAGAAGCGACUGCGUCGGCUUUUGCCCUUUGAGAAGAUGCUGCCUUUGAGGCAUGGACCAUUGCAAGUGCGGCAGGAGGUCUUCAACAGGAAAGUUAAAGAAUAGGACUGCACCCUUAGGACUGUCCAAAAACCGGAUUUGGAGAAGUAUGAAUGUGUAACAUAGAAUCCUAUUUUGUAUGAUAAAGGUUGUGCAAAUAAAAUAUGGGAAAAGUUUAA